GACACAUGAAGCCAAAUACGCAUCCUCUCUCCUCCUCCUCCCCACUUACUUCUAGAGAGAGAAACAUUAACAAACCAAAAAAAAAAAAAAAACUCCUUCCUCCCUUCUUCCUCUGCUCCCCGCCGUAUCUCAACCUCAUCUCUCCGUGUCGAAUUAAUAUUCUUCUCCUACGUGCGGCUUUUAGCCCCCACCAAAAGAGCCCCACCGCACCACCACCGCUCCUCCUCCGCCUCCGCCGUACUCUGCAUCCAGAGAUCAGAAGCUUUUUGUCUGUUUCCCUUUAGCACUGAAUUUGAGGUGAGAUGUCUUGUUAUCAAUCUCAAGUUCAGAUUUUUAUGUGUGCCCAGUAUGUCAUCUGCGUGUCUUAUUGUCGAGGAUUUGAUCGAUUCUGAAUUGGGUCUCACCUGUUAAAUUCAUCCAAUUGGAAAAUAGAUGAUUGGGGCUCAUCAUUUUGUAACCAUGGUGGUAGGAGGGUUGGUGGAGUUAAACUCCUGAUUUGAUCGGAUUAGCUUGAAAAUUUGAAACUGUUUUCUAUCUCUAUGUUCUAUUAGGGUCCAAAGCAAUCUGGAUUUUGCUGCCUGUCAAUUGUUUGGUCAUGUCGUUAACUUUAACAUGCACUAAGCCGAUUUUGCUGCAGUGACUUCUGGUGUGGAACCUUGUGGUUAUGUCGUCAUCGUUCCCAAUUCUUCAUACUUCCAUCGAAGACAAGUACCCCAAAUCGCCAAACGCUUUCCAGAUGCCUUCCGAGAGGGAGCUAAUGAGAAACUCUCUACCUCAACAGACGUUUCCAAUGGGUUCUGGUAGUGGGACAGUUGAGCAGUUUUUCUCCUCUUCAUCUUCCAGAUUCGUCACCGGCGAGAUGUUUGUCACUUCAGUUUCUUCGCCCCUGGGAAAGCAUUCCCGGAAUUCGCCAUUUAUUUCCCAAUCAGCAAGCGGCAGAGCAAGUUCGCCUUCGUUGCUGUCCUCCCAUACUGAAGUACAAUCCUCAUCGUUGGGCAGUAGUCACUCUGAAGAGAGUAAUACUAAUAAGACAAUUGCUUGUUGGCCCAUGGACUCGAUUUCGGACUUUCUCGAUUUCCCGGAGAAUGUCUCCAUUCAAAAUGUUUGUCAGGAGGAGACUACAUGUGUUGUUGCGUCUGAAGAUCCUACCAAGAGAACAACGGAUUGGCAGUGGGCAGAUCAGUGGAUAUCGGUUGAUGAUAAUCUCAAUACGGACUGGAAUGAAAUUCUUUCUGGAGUUGCUGCCACCGAGACUAAACAAAAGGCGCCGCAACAAUCUUCUAGUAACUCGGUGCCAACUAACUCAGUUGAACAACCUCAAGUUAAGCACCAGCAAGCUGCGGUUAGUGAAGUAAUCUCUGUUGCUACCCCGCUUUCCUCUGCACCAGUUGCAACCAAAGCCAGGAUGAGAUGGACACCAGAGCUUCAUGAGGCUUUUGUGGAAGCAGUCAAUCAGCUUGGUGGCAGUGAACGAGCUACUCCAAAGGGUGUCUUGAAGCUAAUGAAUGUUGAAGGGUUGACGAUUUAUCACGUGAAAAGCCACUUGCAGAAGUACAGGACAGCCAGAUACAAACCAGAGCCAACUAGUGAAGAUGACUCAGAAAAAAAGUUGAGUUCCAUUGACGAGAUGAAAUCCCUUGACUUGAAAACGAGCAUAGGGAUAACUGAAGCGUUAAGACUACAGAUGGAAGUUCAGAAGCGAUUACAUGAGCAGCUCGAGAUUCAGCGAAACUUACAGUUAAGAAUUGAAGAACAAGGGAGGUAUCUGCAGAUGAUGUUUGAGAAGCAAAAGAUGGGAGAGGACAAAGCCAAGCUUCCUUCUUCUUCUACCCCAGCCAAUGAUCCAGCAUCAAUUGCAGUUCAGGCUUCUUCAGGCGAUAAAUUAGAAGCUGCCGAUGUUGAUAGACCAAAGAUUCCAGAAAAAGAGACGAGCAAUAAAAGUCUGCAUGACGACCAAACUGGUGACAGUGAGUCCAGUCCGGUGCAGGGGAAACGAAAAAGGACGGACCAAACAUCAUCAUCAGCAUUAGUAUAGUCUCAAUAUGUAUUAGGGAGGCUGAUGCGAAUCCUUGAAGUUUUGGCAACUUCAGAUUCUUGCUUCUUUAACGUUUGUUUCAGAAGUGAAUGUUUUAGCUGCUAUACCAUGAUGAUAAUUGCUAAUCGAAUUACCCGAUUUAUGAUUCUUCUAUUAUCUCUGAUCUGGGCUGGUUUGAUGGGCAUACUGUGGCUUAGUUAAGACUGAUGGUAGUGUAUAAAUUGUAUAAAUGUAGGACUGCUGCUUCGUUUGAAAGUUGGUUUAGUUUGAUAUGGCAUUCUUGUACAUAUUCUUAUCAUGGAAACACUUGGCCCAAAGAUGUCGAUCACUUGUGUACAAUCGGGUGGAAUCACCUUCGGUGUAACCAAUC